AUCUCUCAGUCAGUAGCUUUUAUAUUCUGUCACAGUAGCCAUCCAAUUGCAUGGAAGUAGCUUUUAUUUUGUUUCUCAGUAGCUUCCCUAUGUGUAUAGAUAUCUUGUUGUUUCAUGAAUAUUGCUUUGCAAUAGUUUUGAUAAUGCUUAGUAGAUUUCAGAUUAUUGUUUCAUAAAUAUUACUAUACUCUUGACAAUUGUUUUAUGUUUCAUAUAUGGGAGCAGGCGAGUAGCCUUUAUGGUUCCUGACAAUAUCUUUCCUAAUCUCUUAAGCAAAGAUGGCUGAAGGAAAUGAACAGAGAGACAGACUUCCACAGUACAGAGCUAGUCUUCAGUCAUUCAAUGAGAAGAUGAAGACAUACAGGAAGGUAAUCAGUCCUGAUGCCAUAAUGAGGUUGACAUCGUCACCAUUCUGGGAUAUUAUUAAGGUGUUCCAUCUUCAAUUUUUAGAAGAUAGUGAAUGCAAGAAAGUAGAUGAAGACAUUUUGAGGAUGGUCAGGGCGUAUGACACCAAAAAGCAAGGGUUUGUGCUCGAUCAAACCGUACACAAAAUAACAGCUGAAGAUGUGGUGACAUGUCUUGGAGUGAGAUUGCAAGGAGUGGCAUUCCCGCUCAAUAAGCACCACCAAAAGCCAAAGAACAAUGGGAUAAUUGACAAGUACUUUGCUGAUGCAAAGAAAGUAACAAAGGUCAUGGUCGACAAUGCACUCAAAGAAGCUUUGAAAGACCCGAAGAAACAAGUCCCAAGUGAUGUCGCAAGUCUGAUUGUCAUGAAUCUAUUCAUAUCAUUCUUGUUCUGCACCUCAGGUUAUACAUUGUCCUGGAAGUUGGUAGAAGUUUGCACCGACUGGACUUCUUGGCGACAAUAUUCAUGGGCAAGCUUGAUAUUAGACCAUCUGCAUAAUGGUCUAAGUAAGAAGCAGCAAGAGAAAGAUGUCGCUUUGUCAGGUUGUUUGCCCUUAAUCAUGUAUUGGUUAGCUGACAAGACAAAUAUUGGGGGAGCAAUCAAAAGACAUGAAAGAGCGACGCCAACAUUUAUAAAAUGGUCACUCGUCGAGCUGCACAAAGAAAUGGUGAAACUAACCAAUGUGCAGAUAGAGAAAAUGUUUGACCAAAAGGUGACAGAGGAAGACCUUGCAGUGACAUUACAUAUUAUAAAAGGAAGAAACAAAGGAGCAGCAGAAGCAGAAUCAAGUGAAACAAGUGAAACAGUACAUGUAUUUGACAAAAAUGACAGCGCUUGUGGCUUCACCUCGUUAAUUCCACUUAGUAUGCUUAAUGACCAACGUAAAGGGUAUCUUGUGGACGAUACCUGUGUCAUUGAAGCAACUGUUGCAGUCCCCAAGGCUGAGAUGACAGCCCUAGUAAACGAAAGUGGCAGUUCUGCACCUGUGCAGCCCUUAGGUGCAGAACUACCGAUGAUUGCCGAGCCUCUAGAUAGCCGCGCUGAGUCUCCAGUUGUCAAGGAAGAGCCUUUUUUGAGCUCCUUACCAAGUGAUGAAGCCGCAGAUUUCAGAGGCUUUGGUAAAGUCGACAAAGCCUUUGUUCCAUUGCUGGAGGAAGUUUGUUCCUUGCACCCUUCCCUGGUUGAAUGCCAGCAGAACAGAGGGGAACAGUUCACUCAAUGGGCAUUCACAACUUUGGGUCGACUGCUCUACUUUCUAAAGACUAGAAAGCCCAAGGAUAUUACAGAGGAGACUUGUCGAGAGCUGAGAAAGUUGUGGGCAGAGCUUGAGGUCUUCAGAUUUGACUUGAGCUGGCUGAAGACAGAUUUUGAAACAGCCUUGCGUAUGAAGAAUCAUGUGGAAAGAGCAAGGCAAAUGAGGGAGGAAAUGAACGCUUUGGACACUCAAAGGAAGAGGCUUAAGGCUGAGCUAGCUGCGGUGGAAGUAGAUUUUGAGGAAGCACAACGAAAAGUAGCCGAUGCUGAAAUGUUGCUUGAAUGUGAGCUAGGCUAUGGAAGGGGUGAGCCUUCAUCAUAGACUAUCAUUUUUUUUUUCUUUUGCUAACAAUAGGGGGGG